GAUAUCGACAUCGCUAACACACGUGAAGAUUCCAGCAAAAUGAAAACGCCGAGAAAUAACGAAGCUGUGAAAGGUGAAUUAAAACCGUCGAAAAAACCACCUGUUGUUGCACAGGAGAGCAAGCUAAUCAAAAAGAAAGCAAAGCAACCAAAGCAGCCCAAGACAGAGAAGGCCGCAGUGAAAGAGGCCGUGGGCAAUGAGAGUCCAAAGAAGCUGACAGUGGCAGACCUGGCCAAGAUCGAGAAAAAGCGGGCCAAAAAGGAGGGCCAGAAGCUAAAGAAACAGCAGCAAAAGUUAUUAAAAGCUUCCCCUGGGCCCACAGAGAAAGAGGUCAAGAAAGAAAUCAAUCCCGUCGAAACGUCCGAAGAAGAUACUGAGACCCCCAAGACAGCCGCUAAACCAGAGACUAAACAGCAGAAAAAAGCCACCAAGAAAUCCAAGGCCAACAAUAAGGACGAAGAUGCUGUCAAAUGGGAGCGGGAUCCUGCCCAAGAGGCUGCUACCAUUUUUGUUGGCAAUCUUCCCAUCAACACCAAACGCGUGCAGUUGGUGCGUCUCUUGAAGCCUUAUGGCAACGUCAAGUCCAUACGCCUUCGCACAGCUGGUGGCAAGCAAUUGUUCAAGCACAAACAGCGCAAGGGGGCGGGCUCCCUAAACGCCUACGUUGUGCUCGAUAGUGCCUAUAUUGCGGAGAAAGCACUGGCAUUGAAUGGCACAGAAUUCAAGGAGAAUCACUUGCGUGUAACCCCAGCUGCAAAGUCGGGAGGUGGAGAUGAUAACUUGCCCCAAGAUGCCGAUGCCAAGCGCACCAUCUUUGUCGGUAGCCUGAAAUACUCGGCCAACGAGGAGAAGCUUCGUGAAAUAUUCUCCAGCUGUGGCGAAAUCGACUAUAUCCGCUGCUUACAGGAAGGCGAAAAGGGCUGCAAGGGCGUGGCCUAUGUGUGCUUUAAGAAGCCCGACGCCGUGGGCCUGGCCCUGGAGCUCAACCAGACACUGCUCGACGACAGACCCAUAAACGUGGAACGCUAUUUGGUCAAGAAAUUGGGCGCCAAACAGGUGCGCGACGCUGCUGCUGCAAAAUCAGGUCCACCAACGAAAUCAAAGACCAAACAGAAUUCGGUGGGUGCCAAGAAGCGUCUGGAUAAAAAGCAACACAAGCAGAACGGCAAGCCGUCAGCAGCGCAGGGAGACAAUGCUGCGACGGGCAGCAAAAAGAAAUCAGAGUAUCGGGGCGUCAAAGUUGAUGGCAUCAAAAAGGCCAAGAAGCCAAAGAAGAAGAGCAACGACCAGCUCCAUGCGAUGGCCAAGAAGAUUGCACCAAAGCCGAAAAAUUAAUUUAAAGCUAGCCUAAGUCUUUAGUUUUAAAUUAGUGACAAUGUAAUCGAAAGGGUUGGCCUUUUCCAGUUAUAAUUUGACUCAAUUACGAAACUCCAAAAAUAACCACCGGAACAAUCCAUGAAAUAUUGUACAAUUUCUUACAAGACUAUUAUCCACGAAAUAUAAAAUGCCAAUACACUUUCUGUUUAAACAAAUACCU